AUGGAAAAUACAUCUCUUAAAUGUGUAAUCAAGCAGUUACCACCAAGAGGAAACAAUACAGGAGAGAUGUUUCAAACAAGAAUUCAUACUGGAGAAAAACCUUACAAACGUAAUGACUGUGGCAAAGCCUUUAAUUCAUACUUACUACUCAGUGGACAUCAGAUAAUGCAUACCAGAGAAAAACUGUAUGAAAGUGUUGUAUGUGGCAAGGAAUUCAGUCAAAAUUCAUACUUUGUAACUCACCAGAGAAUUCACACAGGAGAGAAACCUUACAGAUGUAAUGAAUGUGGCAAAGCAUUUGGUGUUCACAAAGUUCUUAAUGACCAUCAGAAUACCUAUACUGGAGAGAAACCUUACAAAUGUAAUAAAUGUGAUAAAGUCUUCAGUUGCAAGUCAUACCUUGAAAGGCAUCAGAGGUUUUAUAUUGGAGAGAGGCCUUACAUAUAUAAUGAACAUGAGAAAGCCUUCAGUUUCCAUGCAGACCUUUCAUUUCAAUGAAGAGUUCAUUCUGGAGAGAAACCUUACAAAUGUAAUGGAU